CUGCAGAGUCCCCUUGCAAAUUGCUCUAAACAAUUUGGAGCAUUUUGUUGGAUGGAUAUCCUAAUUUCCAAGCCAGCCCUCUACUCCGUUAAAUAAAUAUAAAUAUAUAUAUGUAUAGAUAGGAUAGGAGUCAGGAGAUAUCAUCAACCCACUGACACACAACACGAAAGUCGAGAAUUAUCAAAAUUGAAAUUUACGCUCUCUAGCUAACGCAAAUUUUUGUUUUUGUUUUUUUUGUUUCGAAAAAUCAAAAUUCAAAACCGGACUCGCAGCUCAGUUGAUGGGCACAAUCGAACCACGAAGAGAAUUCGUGGCUACCAAACCCACCUCGGCAUCGUCGUCAACGGGCACCGCCUCGACCUCGCACUCCGAGACCGUGAAUGGGACGCACGAGUUCAAGAUCAAGGGCUACUCCCUGGCCAAGGGCAUGGGGAUCGGCAGGUACAUCACCUCCGAAACCUUCGCCGUGGGGGGAUACGCCUGGGCGAUCUACUUCUACCCGGACGGCAAGAGCGCCGAGGACAACGCCGCAUACGUCUCGCUCUUCGUCGCGCUCGCCAGCGAGGGCACCGACGUCCGGGCGCUCUUCGAGCUCUCGCUCCUGGACCAGAGCGGCAGGGACAACCACAAGGUCCACAGCCAUUUCAAUCGCAGGCUCGACGGCGGGCCCUACGCCCUCAAGUAUCGAGGGAGCAUGUGGGGUUACAAACGCUUCUUCAAGAGAACUCUUCUGGAGACAUCAGACUACCUCAAAGAUGAUUGUCUCAUAAUUCACUGUUGUGUUGGUGUCGUUAGGUCGCACACAGAGGGGCCUAAGAUUUACUCUAUAGCAGUUUCACCAUCUGAUGUUGGUCAGCAUUUUGGGAAGCUUUUAGAAAGUGGAAAGGGAGCUGAUGUGACUUUUGAAGUUGAUGGGGAAAUAUUUGCCACUCACAAGUUAGUGCUUGCAGCACGCUCACCUGUGUUCAGGGCACAACUUUUUGGUCCAAUGAAGGAUCAAAACAGUCAGUCCAUUAAAGUUGAAGAUAUGAUGGCUCCAGUUUUUAAGGUGUUACUUCAUUUCAUAUACUGGGAUGCCCUACCAGACAUGCAAGAGCUUUUUGGUCUAAACUCUACAUGGGCUUCUACUUCGAUGGCUCAACAUCUGCUCGCAGCAGCAGACCUAUAUGCCCUUGAUAGGCUCAGAUUGCUCUGUGAGGCUAAACUUUGUGAGAAUGUUGCCAUAAACACUGUUGCAACAACACUGGCCUUGGCGGAGCAGCACCAUUGCUUCCAACUGAAAAAUGUUUGUCUCAGAUUCAUUUCAUUGCCUGAAAAUUUAAGAGCUGUGAUGCAAACAGAAGGGUUUGAAUAUUUGAAGGAAAGCUGCCCAUCUGUCCUCGCGGAAUUAUUGCAAUAUGUGGCCAAGAUUGGCAAGCAUUCUGCCAAGGCUCUUGCCUAUCAUAAUGAGUCCUACCUAGAUGGGAGUGAUGUGAAUGGAAGGCGGGUGAAACCAAGGUUAUACUGAUCUAGGAUUGACUGUUAGGACAACCUUUUGCUGCAAGAAUAAGAAAAGAUUUUGUUAGAAUCAUGCCAUUUUCGGAUUGUAGUAACAAUUACUGAUUUCUGUGGGAAAAUAAAUAAAUAAAUUUGAUAUUAGUGGUUCA